GUGAAACGUAGUCACAACAACAAUCUUGCAAAAUGUUUGUGAAGUUCGUUACACUCGUCGCCAUGGUGGCCGUGGUGUGCGCCAGCAACGACCUGUCCAGCUUCUCGUACAGCGUGGCGGACCCCUACACCGGCGACUUCAAGCACCAGAUCGAGAACCGCAUCGACAACAACGUGCAGGGCCAGUACUCGCUGCUGGAGUCGGACGGCACGCGCCGCACCGUGGACUACGCCGCCGGAGCUCAAGGCUUCAACGCCGUCGUGCGCAAGGACCCCGCGCUCAUCGCCGCCGCCCCUGCCAUCUCCUACGCGGCCCCUGCCAUCUCUUACCGGGCCCCUGCGAUCUCCUACGCGGCCCCUGCGAUCUCCUAUGCGGCCCCUGCCAUCGCUACUAAAGCUUUCGCCGCUCCCAUCUCCUACGCCGCCCCUGCCAUCGCUGCCCCAGCUUUUCCCUACCCUUAUGGGUUCGCCAAAUUCGGAGCUGGUAAAUUUAUCUUCUAAUGUUCCUGGUCAAAAAUACUAUUAUGUAAAUUGAAUUGAGUCGUUUGUAAAUAAAAUGUUUAUGGAAUUUGAC